GCGGGUAUGUUUUGGGAAGUUUUUUUUUCGUGAUGCGUUCUGUGCCUUUUCAUUGCUCACCUAGUCUUUGGAGGCUUCCUCGCCUUGGGCUCCGAGGUGCAUUUUGCAGCGUCUGCAGGCGGAGGGCGCCCAUAUAAACAUAAACACGCGUUCCCACUGAGAAACGGUUUGCGGCGGAUGCACAGACUGUACAAACACCAUGGCGGCCGCUGCCAGUAGUAGCCCGUCGGCUACCACGUUGCAACUGAAGCACCCAGGACUGGAGCCCACACGAAAACGUAUUGACCCUCGGAGAAGACAGGCCGCCCUCACCUUUCUCACCAACAUUUCCCUGGACGGGCGGCCGGUGCAUGAGGAUAGCGAGACGGCGGAAGGGUCGGUGGAAGUCAGGACUCGAGGAAGUGUGUUUUCUGCAGACAGAGGGGUUUCCUCCCCCACAGCUGCCUCCAUCCAACCUUUAUAUGCCGCCAGCCACCCUAGCCUUUUUGGUUCUCGACCCAUCUUCACGGCGAGCAUGAGCCCACUUGCCAAACCGCUGCCCGCUGAACUGGAAGGAGACGUCUGGAGCAGCAGCGUGCAUGUUGCCGGCCAGCCUCCCUUUACGUCGUCCAGGGGUAGAUUACAGUCCUUCACUCAGGGAAUUCUACCUGCCUCUUUCUCUAGGGCCACAUCACAGAGCUACUGCUGCCCGGAGCAGGGGCAGGUAGGCAGCGGCACCUUCGAGCUGCAGAGAUCCAGACGAAGACUGAUCUCCCAACGCUCUUCUUUGGAGACUCUGGAGGACAUUGAAGAAAAUGCUCCCCUGCGCAGGUGCCGCACUCUAUCAGGUUCACCAAGACCAAAGAACUUUAAGAAAGUCCACUUCAUCAAGAAUAUGAGACAACAUGACACCAGAAGUGGCAGGAUAGUUCUUAUCAGUGGUCGAAGAUCCUUCUGUAGUGUCUUUUCAGUACUACCAUAUCGGAACUGCAGUCAGACUGGGGACAUGAAGGUGGAAGGUGGACGCCAGCGUCACCCAUCUGGAGGAGUAGGUGCUAAGGAAAUGGUGAUUGGGCUUGAGGGUGUUGAGCUGGGAGCUGAUGGAAAGACUGUUUCGUAUACCCAGUUUCUUUAUCCCACCAAUGCCUUGAGUGUGAGAAGAAACACCAUUGAUUCAACUGCCUCUUUCUCCCAGUUUCGCAACACAAGCCAUCGCAGCCUUAAUUUGGCCAGGGCCAACAGUGCUCAAGGGAGCAUUGAUACAGGGAAUGACAUUGGAGAAUUUUUAGAAUAUGAUCCAAACCUACUGGAUGACCCACAGUGGCCCUGUGGAAAACAUAAACGGGUGCUCAUUUUCCCAUCCUACAUGACUACUGUGAUUGAGUAUGUGAAGCCAUCUGACCUGAAGAAGGAUAUGAAUGAAACAUUUAAAGAGAAAUUUCCUCACAUCAAGCUGACUCUCAGUAAAAUAAGAAGCCUCAAGAGGGAGAUGCGCAAGUUGGCACAGGAUGAGUGUGGAUUUGAAGAACCAACUGUGGCCAUGUCAUUCGUCUACUUUGAGAAGCUUGCACUAAAAGGCAAACUUAACAAGCAGAACCGUAAACUAUGUGCAGGAGCAUGUGUGCUACUUGCUGCCAAAAUAGGAAGUGACCUCAAAAAGCAUGAAGUCAAACAUUUAAUAGAUAAACUUGAGGAAAGGUUUCGCCUCAAUCGACGUGAGCUGAUAGCAUUUGAGUUCCCUGUUUUGGUAGCUCUGGAAUUUGCCCUGCACCUCCCAGAACAUGAAACAAUGCCACACUAUAGACGCCUUCUUCAAAACUCCUAGCAUUGGCUCAUCAUCAGGAGAGCAUGCCAGUGCUCUUCUGAUUGAUUGAUGUAUUUACAAUUUUUGGGUGGACUUGCAAAAGCUAUAUGCACUACUGAUGAUUCCCAGCUCCUUAAUGUUUAAGAGCUACUUGGUAGGGUUCAGAGUUUUGUCUUUAACACCAACAGAUCGUGUCCAGAAAAGUUGUUUGGAUGUGUUUUUGCCUCCUGUGCUGUGGCAUAACAAUUUGUAUAUGCUUUGUUGCUGAAUCCUAGAAUUUCAAAAUGUGAGCGUUUUUUUUUACUGUUUAUCAUGCUCAUCUGAUUUUGAACUGUAACUGGCUGAUUUUAUUUUUAUCAAUAUCUGAUCUUCAGAAGUAUAUCCUUUUUGUCAAGAGAAAAGCAUGUUCAAUGAAAUGAUUGGACUCUGUUUACGUGUCAUUGGACAGAGGCUGGGUUGGCAUGUUUGUCUGUUGUUGUUCAUCAUGAAUGCUGGUUCUUUAUUUUUUUGUUGGGACCAACUUCACUCAUUCUGUUCAUCUACAGUAUCUGUCGUCAAUACAUAUCAUUUGGCUAGUGCUUACUUCAGUAUUAAUAGAUACAGUGGAUAUUUUAAGUCAAAAGAGGUAUCUUUUUUUUUUUUAAAGGUGAGGUUUAGUACAGUGUAUUGUUUCACUCUUUAACUGUUGCUGUGAAUUGUGCCUCUCUGUAGAGGUUAUUGCAGCAGUUUCUUUCUUCCUGCUCUAUGUUAGAGCAUAUUUUGUAUUCAGCACCAUUGUUGUGCUUCCUGCUUCAAAGGGGAGAGUUAGAUCCCUGCAUAAAUUAUCAUAUGCAUGCUAAAAUGGGCAGAUGGUACUAAGUGGUGCUUGCCACCUCUUAUUUGGACUAAAUCAAUGUCAAAAGUUACAAGUCUCUAGACUUCCUUUUCCUUUUUAGCAGGGCUAAAAUAUUUAGUUCAUAAAUAAAAUGUGUGCACUGUUUGGGUGGCAUAGAAUUGAUUCAUUUAAAUCACUCCAAAAUGUGCUACAAUCAAUAUUUUGUUGUCUUAUUUUAUUUACAAAAAGCACUACUCUCUUAUGUAAGGUUAUGUAGCAACUGUUUGCUGCUUUAUACUGUGUUUUAAUGGUCAUUAGUGUUUUUUUAUGUAUUUCCCUCAGUGAUGGAAAGAUAUUUGUAUAUACAUUACCAAGCAAAUAUAGGAAUACAAAUAUCUAACAGUCAACCUUCUAUAGCACCUCCAAAUUCUUUCACACAAUUGUUUAUUUAAAUAUAUACACGAUAAUGCUGGUUCUUCAAAGAUCAUUUCUGUCUUUGUUGUAUAAUGUGACAUACUCAUUGUUAACCUUACCCAAAGAGAUACCAUCUUGGACUGGAACAAGGCUUUAGUACCUUGGGCGAGUCUUAAUCAGAUAGGUGCUCAAGUGGAUGGUGUGAACACCCUGCAGGUCUUCACUCCACAUAAAGUAUUUGUGCCAUUAGUAGAGUGGAAGUUGUUUUAUGCAAAGUUCACUAUUUACUUUUCAGAUCUAAAAGCAGGUAACAGUAGAAGACUCAUUUUUGUUAAGAGAUGCCUGUAAUUGAGCAGAGAGGACUUGUCCAUAUUUGUUACACACUGUACAUUCAAACAGGAGAAGUGGUCAUCACAUGAUCAACCAGUAAGGUCCAGUUACGUUUACAUGAAAUCCAGUAGAUGAUCACAUUUGAACUGGGGGUUGACUGUUGGCCACAGUACCACAUUAGCUCAGUGUUUGAUAUCCAGAGCCAUUUUUUUAAGAUAAGAAUUAAACACAACUUCAUUAAGUCUUCCAAAGUAUACAGAAAGCCAAUGGUAAUGUGACCUGAAUAAGCCUGGAUUCCAUUAUAUAAGGUACCACAGGCUGUUUUGAGAAUUUAUAUUUCCAGUUUUUCAAGACUCAUAAUUUAACACCUUCAUAUGAACAUUCCACUUUAGACAACUUAUGGCCAGUUUUCUAUACUUUGUAUUGAUUUACCAAAAAAAGAAAGAAAGAAAAAUAAGACUGAUUGCACAACCUAAGGCAAUGCAUGUUAUCCACUUUUUUUUUUUUUGUUUGUUUUGCAUUGUCCCUAUGUUUGUGACGCUGAUUACUUCAGUCUGUUUUCAAGAAUGUAGUACAUUGACUAUGCAUUUGAUGUUAAAUAUGUGCAAGCAAAACAAUCCCAUUCCGAUAUGGGAGCCCAGUGUAAAUAGUGUUGACACUAACUGCACCUUUUUAAAACUGGAUCAGCUUUUCAUAGGAUGCUGCUGUCCGCUUGGACAUUUUUGCCCCAAUUUAUGUACUUUUAUUGCACAUAUUUGUCAUGUUGAUUUGUAAAUUUAUGGCCCCAUGAUCCUUUGUUCAAAAGACAGGAUUGUUAUUGUCCAGUUUUAAUGACAACUUUACUUGACUCUCGAUUGUCAUGAAAAAGAUGAAUGUUUUCAGUGUCUGAUAUUCCAGAGUUCCAUUGAUAUCUUCUUAAUUAAAUGAAGAAUCUAAGGUGACUUGUUUGCACUUUUGGUCUCGGAUCAGAAAAAAGCCAUUUACACAUCUUGUCUGUACAGUCCAGAAGAAGUUCCCCCUUUAUAUUCUACUGUAUGUCUUGUUUCUCACUUUUAUGCCAUUUUUUUUGCUGUUCAUUCAUAUACUGAUUUGAAAUAUGACUUUUGAGUGACACUUUCCAGGUUACUUUAAAUUGUAAUACUCAUCCUAAAUGGUUUGUAUUUUUCUUUAAGUCAAUGCUGUUCCACAAUAAACAUGUUUUUCAUGGA